ACCGGUGACCUCCCCCCGGCAGCAGCUUGCUCAAGAUGGCCGCCUGAGUGGAGGAAUCACUAGUCUCCAGCACAACUUAUCAAAACAGUGCUCGUUACACCAGGCAACUUCAGCUGUCCGCUCGGAGGAUGAGACGUCGACACCGGCCACGUUUGUUCCCAUUUUGAAACGGAGGACGAGCACGAGCGCUGUAGAAGCCAUGGAGUAAGACGCCGCUGGGUGAGGAAGUCAGACACAACCCGGGUUAACCCACUGCGAGCUAGCCUCCGUUAGCCAGCGUCCACUAGCAGCUAGCAGGCUAACCUGAGCUACACCUGCUGCAGGAGUUGAAGGGGAGUAAGGGCCCUUUGUUUUGGCGCAGCAUGGACAGCUUCUUCAAGGCAGCUGUAUGCGAUCUAGACAAGCUGCUUGAUGACUUUGAGCUCAAUACUGAGGAACUUGACUGCAAAUCCGUUUUCCUGAAGCCCUCUGCAUACCCCUUCUCCUCAUUGGGCUCUCAGUGUUUAUCCUUAGAGGCACCCACUGUCUCACCAAGCCUCCCUGACCUUAACUCUCUUCAUUAUGGUUCUGCCACCAGCUGUCCUGACCGCCCCAGCAGUCACAACUGCAGCACAGACGACAGAGAGGUCAAAGGUCAGCCUCUAACUGGAGUGGACCUUCUCUCCUCUGUGGAUCGUAGGCCAGCUAUAAGCUCUGCCCCUCCCUGCCCCGAUCGAGCUCUGAAGCCAGUGUGUGACCUUGUGAAUGACACAAGCUCGGCCAUACUGAUCAGGGCCAACAGUCAUGAUGCUUUCAGUGAACUGGACUUGGUGGAGAAGCAAAUGGAAGAGGAGGAAACACUGCUUGUUGACUUUGACAGUCCUGUGGUUAUGGAUCAGCAGGAGGGGGGGGUAAGCCAGAGUGUAUGCUGUGGGGUAACCAUGGAAGAGCGAGCCUCUGCAGGUAAAGACGAGCUGCUCAGUCUCGAUUUCCAUGAGCAGAGCGGUGCAUGCUCUGCCUCACUCAGUCUGCUGGACGUCAUUCUUCCUGCAGCAGUGGAGAGGUGCUGUGAGUCUACAGAUGAUUCACCAUCAUCAAGGACCAUUGAGUCAGCUGACAGAGAGGACAGUGAGUGUGAGGAUGAGGCUUCUAUAAACCAAGUGGUGGAUAACUCUUCGGACCACUGUGAACCUGAGGACUCCCUGCCUGCUUUUGAAGCCUCAGAUAAAGGUGAGGCAAGUCUAAAAUCUGGAGCAUCAGACAGUGAACCAGUAGGCUUAUCGUGCCUGCCCAUAGCUGUGUCCAUAUGUGGAGCUCUGGUGCAACCAAACACCACAGAAGAGUCAGGACAAGCAACAGAGCAGUGUGACGAGGCUGAUGUGUGUGAGAGCACAGAGGCAGACUUCCUGUCAGCACUACAGGCGGAGGAGGAUAGGCCCUGUUCAAAGGAACCUGUUUAUCGGUCCCAGCUGAUCACAGAGGGCAGGCUGUCACCAGAGGGGCAGCAUGUCCCUCUUGAACCUGCUGCUGUUCCCCUUCAUGCAGACCAUACUAGCUCUGAUCGCUCAGAACCCAGUCCAGUGGAUCCUGCUGAGUUUGGUUUCGAGUAUCUGCCUGAGAGUGACCAGGCUGAGCUGUUGGUUACUGAUGAAGAGUUGGAUGCAUUCCUGCAGGCACAUACGGAAGCAGAGCAGGCCCGAAGUGUCUCUUAUUGCAGCAGUUCUGGAGAUUGUAAGCAACCUGAAAGUCUGUCGCAACCAAAUGGAGCUCUAGACGGUAGGCUUCUCGAAGAGGAACUGAGAAGCUGUGGUCGAGCUAGACAGGACGAGCUAGAGGGUCUGGCUUCCCCAGAAAGUGACAGAAUAAUAUGUGUGUCUGUGGAGGGAAGUCUUAACCCUGGUGCUCCAUCACAAUCACAGGACUCUUGCAGACCUUGUCAAGAAGAGCCAGAACUUUCCUCUGGUAUGAGGAAUUCUUUGACCAGCAACACUUUCCAGUCACAGCAAAGUAGUAGCCCUGAUCAGCAGUCCUCCUAUGGAGGUGCAAGACCUAAACAGCUACACUGCCAAACUGUAAGACCUCCACCAGCAGGGGAAGAAGAAGAAGAAGAAGAAGAAGAAGAAGAAGGGAAGCAGCCUUCAACGUUUUCAAAAUGGCCAAAUGCAGUUGAGGAUGAAGAGAGUUCACCCAUAAGCCCUAACCCUACAGAAGAGCAAUCCAACAUUAGUGAUUUGAGUCCUAUAUAUGCCACUCAGGAGCACCAGGAUUACAGUGUGGGGUAUGAUGAACUGUCAGAGCCUCCGCCUUACCCAGGGGAGCCACCCACAGAUGGUCCCAGGGCAGCGAACUGGAAGAGAGAGGAACUGGAGGAGCUGGGGUGCAGGCAGCCUCCUUGGGUGCCAGACUCCGAAGCCCCCAACUGUAUGAACUGCUACCAGAGGUUCACGUUUACCAAGAGGAGACAUCACUGUCGAGCAUGUGGGAAGGUAUACUGUGCUGUGUGCUGCAACAGGAAGUGUAAACUGAGGUACCUGGAGAAAGAGGCUCGUGUGUGCGUCAUCUGCUUUGAUAACAUACACAAAGCCCAGGCCCUGGAGCGGAUGAUGAGUCCUACAGGUCCCAGUCCAAACCCCAACGUCCCAUCUGAGUACUGCAGCACCAUCCCCCCUUUGCAGCAGGCUCGUGCUGCUGGCACUCUAAACUCACCUCCACCCACUGUCAUGGUGCCUGUGUCCGUUCUCAAACAACCCAACAACGACAGUUGUCCUCGUGAGCAGAAGCGUGUGUGGUUUGCUGAUGGCAUUUUACCCAACGGAGAGGUGGCAGACACAACCAAGCUGUCGGUGACGAGCCGCAGGAGCUCCCAGGAGUUUGCUGGUGUCACCCCAGACCAGACGGCACCUGGGCCUGCAGGGUCAGAGGUGGGAGUCAGUGGCUCCUCCUCCCCGGAAGCUUCUGGAGCUGUAGAGGUGGUUAGACCUCCGCUGUCAGGACCCUGGGAUUAUGCCCUGCUUUCUGCAAUCGGUUCCUCAGUUCAGAGAGUCCCCAGUUUGCUGCCAGACAAUGAGGAUGAGCUCCCUCCUCUGCUCUUCACCACCGGCGAGGAUGACGGAGGAGAUGUUCUGGUUGAGGAAAAUCCCGCACCGUGCCAGAUUCUGCACUUAUUGGAGGAAGGCGGACCCCGACCUCUGACAUUUGUCCUGAACGCCAACCUGCUGGUCAAUGUGAAACUGGUUACAUAUUCCAGUUGUCAGUGCUGGUGUUUCGGCUCUAAUGGGCUGCAGUCUCUGGGACAGAAAGAGUUGGUGUUUUUGCUGGAGUGUUUGCCAGAGGAAAAAACUCUUCCAAAGGACCUCUUCACACUCUAUCUCACUAUUUACCAAGAUGCCCAAAAAGGGAAGUUUUUGGAGGAGCUUGACAAUGUGACGUUCACAAGCAGUUUCCUGGGCAGUAAAGAUCACGCCGGGAUGGUCUUCUUCUCUCACUCGUGUCAGCCUCUGGAUGGCCUCACUCUCCCCUCUCAGCCUUUCCUGUUUGGUCUGCUCAUCCAGAAAUUGGAGGUGCCCUGGGCCAAAGUCUUUCCACUCAGGCUUCUCCUGCGGCUUGGAGCUAAAUACAGUGUGUAUCCCACGACAUUGACCAGUGUUCGUUUUCGGGAAUCUGUGUAUCGAGAGACGGGACACACCAUUAUGAAUUUACUGGCUGACCUGAGAAACUACCAGUACAGUCUGUCAGUCGUGGAUGGCCUGAGGAUCCACAUGGAGAUGGGCCAUAGUUACAUCAACAUUCCCAAAUGUAGCUUCAAUGAGAUGCAGAAGGUGGUAAAUGCGUCUAAUGAGCACGUCAUCAGCAUUGGAGCAGGUUUCAGCACCGAGGCCGACUCUCACCUGGUGUGUAUCCAGAACGAGGAGGGGAACUAUCAGACCCAGGCUAACAGCAUGCCAGGGAAGACCCGCACAGUGACUGGUGCCAGCUUUGUGGUUUUCAAUGGAGCGCUGAAAGCCUCAUCAGGCUUCAUCGCAAAGUCCAGCAUUGUUGAAGAUGGGUUGAUGGUUCAAAUCCCUCCAGAGACAAUGGAGUCUCUGCGCUCUGCCCUGAGGGAGCAGACAGACUUUCAGAUACCCUGUGGCAGGAAUGACGGAGGGGAGGUCCGAGAGAACGUCACAGUCCGCUGGGUUGACUGGAGUUCACCUGUUAACACAGGUAAAACUAGUGGUGUUGAUGAGAGACCUCUGGGUGGAGUCCGCAGUGUGAGGAUGCAGCAGGACACAGAGUUUGAGUCAGACGGUCGCACCAUCAGAUGCACUGAGGUGUUCUACCAGCUGAAGACUCCUGACUGCAGCCUUUCGUCAGUGCUGUCGUCCUGCAGCGUGUUUCAGAAGGAGAUGGCUUUGGCCGCCUGCAGUGCUCUGACUCCUCACCUUGCUGUUCUCACCUCCAGUGGCAUCAACUCCAUUUCUCUCCGCAUCUCCACGCAGGCCGAUAUGGUGGAGUACCAGGCUGGCUCUGGAGGCAGGCUCCUCCCUCAGCGCUACAUGAACGAGCUGGACAGCGUUCUGAUCCCUGUCAUCCAUGGAGGUAGCGCUAGUGUGCCACAGACUGCCAUGGACAUGGAGUUCAUCUUCUACAUCACACACACAAUCUAAUGCACACACUGACAGUGUCCCACACAAAGUAUCAAAUAAAUCCACUUAACAGAAGGUGGUUGAGUAAGGAAAGAGAAGCUGCUUACUGUGGCACAACGUGCUAAUGCAACAGCUAACUGCGACUUGCAGCCAAUCACAGAGGACAUGAAGCCGCUGGCACAACAUUCCCGCUCUGAGGUUGGGCAUGUGUUUUGGAGGGAUGUAAACUGAUUUGAAAGUGGUGUAUGUUUGUGAAUGUCGUGCUCACCGAAGCUGCUUUAAUUCAAGAAGCCAAACACUAAACUAGAGAUGAGACAAAACGACCAAAUACAACCAACCUAUUCAAACCGCUUUCCUCAGAUCUGCCUUUCAGGCUCCACGCUGGUUUCCUUCAGCUCGGAGCACCUCAGUGAAUGUUUCCCACAGACACUCUUAUCGAAAUGUUUUAUUUUAUUUUAAUAUGGGCAUAUUGAAUGAAAUGGUGAUAUUAAAGUGAGGGAUAUUACUGACUGCAGUAUUCACUACUCCAUGUGAUCAGGUGCUACUCUAUAGCCACUUCACAUUUGUAGCUGUAGCCGUUCCAAAAGUAAAAAAAGUGCUGCACAGGGAUGAAAAGAAAUGUAACCUCUAAUAUGUCCUCUAAAACUCCUCUGCUGUCAUUUCAUAUGCUGGUUAAUAAUGAUAUUGCACAGAGCUUUUUAUGUUCUUUUCCAAACUUCUAACUUUUUACUGUGAGGUGUUGCCAUCAGUCUCCAGAUACGAUCAAUCCCUCCUGUUCACGAGGAGGGGCCCCUUCCUAAUGUUAUUGCAAUAUGCUGCAUGAAAACAAUGCAGGAGGACGUGUUGGUUUGGACGUGUCCUUUGACGUGCCGGCUCAACAUGAUCUCCAAGUUGAACUUUUUUGCUGAACGACCCUGUUUGUUUAUUCCUUUUUGGGCAGCGUUGUGGGCGAGUUUCUCUCACAAACAUAUCACCCAAAAGUAAAAUAGAAAUAUUUCGGGGUUGAAAGUUGUGCUGUCAGAAAUGACAUAAACAAAUACACGGCUGCAUUAGCAGCAACACUAAGAAAAUGUAAGUAGACUCCAAAUUCAUUCGUAUUAAGGCGUCUCAACACAAACUGUAUUUCAAUUUAAUUUGUGUAAUGCCAAAUCCUAACAUAUACUAUCUCGAUGCACUUUAUUGCAAAGUAUGGUCUAAGACCUUUAGAAACCCAACAGUUCCCACAACGAGAACUGUGGAGAGAAAAAAAUCCCUUUUAUUUACUGGAAGAAACCUCCAUGUGUGGCCAUCUGCCUCGACUGGUCAGGGCAAGCAGAAAAAUGGGGCAGAGAGGAGAGGUGGGUGUAAGAAAGGAGAGAGGGAGGAAAGGGGGCGAGAGGAGACGGAGACCAGGAACAGUUGUGUAACCAUCAUGUUUCAGUGCUGACAGACUAGUGGUUAUUAUGAAAAUAUUAAGAGUGAUAUGUAAACAUUUAAAGAUGUUAUUAAUGACGGCAACAAUUCAUAUAGCAAUUAUAAUAGUUUGCUGAGUGAGAGAUACCUGCAAAAAGAGAGAGAGAUGGGAGCUAACAAAUUAAAAGUUAGUCACAUGCAUUAAAAUGCAUGGGGGGGGGGGGUUGGGUUAGUGAAGAGCAUUGUAUUGUUUUUGUAUUUUAAAUGAAUUCAGUGCAUCGCCUGAGCAGCUCUGAGCCCUUUUUAGAUCCAUUGGAGCAGGAGAAGGUUUUUCAGUUACCGGCUGUUGCCAUAGUUGUGAUUAGGUUUUCAAGCGGGUACUCCUUUCUUCACCAAUUUCUCGUCUCUCCCUCAAAAUGUAGAGCUUGCUCAGAACCGCCAAUUUCCUCAUACAAGUGCUAUGGUUACAGGAGGGUCAUGUGGUUAAUGAAUACUCUUUAAAAAUUCAGAAGAUAAGAGCGCAGAGAACGUCACAUCUCUGUUAAAACAUACAGAGCCAGAUUAGUUUGAAGAAGCUUUGUCCACAUUGCCCAAGGUGAGGUUCUCGGUUUUCACAUGUCUCACCAGUCAGCUCUCUCCCAAUACGUGUAUAAGAUAUAUUGUAUGCAUAGAGAUUGUAUCUUUUUUCUUUUUCUUUUCUAUAUCAAAGACUUAUUUUUGGAAUCAUUGGUAUAAAAGUUUUAAAAAAGACUAGAAGAAUAUUUUUGAUAGGUUGUAGGCCAAAUUAAUUUUGCAGUUUGUGUAGCAAUGAGAGAAAAAAAGACUCCCUGGAAUGUUAAACAAAUCAUAUAUAGUGUUUUGGCUUAAGGUGGAAAAUAUAAAUUCCCAUAAUGCAAUGCAGGUAGCUUGAGUUUGAGACAAAUGUGGAGGUAAAGACACAAAAGGGGCUUUGAUCUGUUCUACAACUCUUUUAUUUUUUACAAUAUGUAGCCAGCACAUACAUGCUCAUUAAAACAUGAUUCAGCAUAUUCGUUUCAUGACACAAGUGAAUGUGAAACAUGUAUCCCAGGAGGAGUUGUCUUUCUGAUUCGUAAACCUCCACGUUAAGUUAAAAGAUGACAGGUCCAUCUGGUCAACAGGGACAGCUGUCAUGUAUCGUCCUCCGUUAGCAGUAUGUUUGGACAGAGCAGGAUAAAGUUCAACGCAAGUUCAACGAUUUUUUUCUUUUUUCAAAUCAUCAGGAAAUUUAAAAGUGUGACAUACAUGUUCGAAUUUCUCAUCCACGUGGCAGCGGUGGGUUGAUGCUUCACAAAAAGUUUAAUUCUGGGAAAGUCAACCGGUUUCACUUUCUGUGCAAAUGAGCUGAAAACUGAGCGGAUGGUUUGUGGACAGCGGAUUGAUCUCGACAAAGUACAAACCACUUUGUUGUCAUCAGUUGAACUUUGGAGCUUUGGAAACAGGAUGAUUCAUUUUUAGAAAAUCCUUCCCGAGGUUUGAUUUUUUUUUUUUUUUUUUUCAUUCUGGAUCAGGGCAGUAAUAUUUUGGAAGGUUAAUGAUUAUUAUUCUUUCUCUGAAAACUAAAAACGACUCUACACUUUGUCAAAAUAAGAAGUACUUUUAUGCAUUAUGAUUGUUUCUAAAGUGUUAUGUGUAAAUCAUCUAUUUAUUCAUAAGCACCAGCUUUAUUUUUGGUGAACCUGGUAUCUGGGUUCUAAUCAGUUUCUGAAGAGCUUGUGUAUUUAAAGAAUAAACUAAGUUUUAUCAAAAA